GAUUAUUAUUAUUUUCUCAUUUUCACGUAUAUUACUUAAAAUGGAGAUUCAUUCACAUUGAUGAUUGUGGAGGAAUUGGUGUAGAUGCAUUCUAUUUUGGGCAAUUUAUUGAGUUUCGCCCUUCCCUUUUCUUCUGGCUGCCAAAGAUGCCUUAUGGUUGGCAAGCCACUUCCUAAUAGCAUAGCGGGGCAACAAGUUUGAAAGGUGUUCUAUGUCUUAUUUGUGCUUUUAUAUAAUUUUUAUUUUGCGACAAGAAAGGUCUCUUGCUUUCUCUAAUCAUGUGUGAUUUUGAAGGGGCGGGGUGAAAAUAAAAUGAUGUGUUAAGCUGAAAUCUAUCGUAACAUACUUCAAUAAGACAGUCAUGAAUUCACACACACUGAGUUUAGUUCAUGGCCAGUGGCCUCUGCAUACAAAAGGCAACUGCAGAUUCCCUGAAAACCCCAAAUCCACCAAAAUUCCUUCCAGCCAAUGGAGUGUGAAUCCUUUUGAGAGGCGAUAGUGGUGCUAUUUUUAGUUAUUGGAAAAUAUUAUCAAGUUUGGAAUAGCAAUGGCUCCUGGAGGAAGUGCUUUUAAAGAAGUUCUUGAAUUUCAUUCCACAGUUGCGGAUUGUGACGUUGCAAAUUCAAAAUCAGAAAAUAACAUUACACCAACAAAAGGUACUGUUGUUCUGGGUGGAAAGCAUGGGGUUUAUUCAAACAAUGGUGUGCACGAGCUCCUUGAGUGUCCUGUCUGUACAAAUUUAAUGUACCCUCCAAUUCACCAGUGCCCAAAUGGACACACUUUAUGUUCGAACUGCAAGCUUAGAGUACAUAACUGUUGCCCUACUUGCCGCUAUGAUCUUGGAAAUAUACGCUGUUUGGCUUUGGAGAAAGUUGCAGAAUCAUUGGAGCUGCCCUGCAAAUUCCAGAGCUUAGGAUGCCUUGAUAUUUUCCCAUACUACAGCAAGCUCAAGCAUGAGCAACACUGUCGAUUCCGUCCAUAUAGCUGUCCUUAUGCUGGGUCUGAGUGCUCUGUAACCGGUGACAUCCCUGCUCUUGUUUCCCAUCUCAAGGAUGAUCACAAGGUUGACAUGCAUGAUGGGUGUACCUUUAAUCAUCGUUAUGUUAAGUCAAAUCCACAUGAAGUUGAAAAUGCCACAUGGAUGCUUACAGUUUUUAACUGUUUUGGAAGACAGUUCUGCUUACAUUUUGAGGCUUUCCAGCUGGGCAUGGCACCUGUCUAUAUGGCCUUCUUAAGGUUUAUGGGUGAUGAUAACGAAGCUAAGAAAUUCAGUUACAGCUUAGAAGUUGGUGGGAAUGGUCGAAAACUGGUAUGGCAAGGAAUUCCCAGGAGCAUCCGUGACAGUCACAGGAAAGUCCGUGACAGCCAGGAUGGGCUUAUUAUUCAAAGGAAUUUGGCUCUCUACUUCUCUGGUGGGGAUAGGCAAGAGCUGAAAUUGAGGGUUACUGGUCGUGUAUGGAAAGAAGAAUGAGAUGGAAAGUUGAUGCUAAGGCUAUUGUACAGUUAACUAAAUUCACGAGGAUGCUAGGGUUUCUCAAUGUGCCAAAGAUGUAGCUUUAGUUAUUCUGAUUGGGGUUUUUCAGUUGUCUUGGUGUUUAUGAUUGAGACUGGUCUUUGGCAUCUAUUUGAUCAGCUCACUGUUCUAUGGAACAGAUUCCUGUUGACAGUGUAAGAACUGGAUAUUCGGUGUUAAACCGGUGGCUGAGGGAUCUGGGCAGCACAUGCAUGUGCAGUUAACACAUUCUGGAUAUCACCGAACCUACUGUAAUCUGUUUUGUUAUGUUAUUGUACCACAUGCCCACAUUAAGACAAGAAGAGGGAAAGAUCAACUCUGUCUCCUUGUAUCUCUUACAGAUAUCAAUUGAUGAUACUUUAUUUGGAAA